GGCACUGAUUUAGUGAUCCCUGCAUUGAAUAACAAAAAAAUGGUUGAGCAUUGUUACUGAUGUAUAAAUUAUAAUAAAAACUAAAAAAUAUUGAUAACAGAAUAGUUUGUGUUUCUAACGUGUAAGUGAAUUGUCAGCAGUUAUUUAAAUAUUACAGAUAUUUAAUAUCGUGAAAAUGGCAGCGCGAUUAUUAAAAGAUCCAGCGACGGCAAACUGUCGUGUGUUUGUUGGUCACCUACAGUCCGAAGACAUCAGUAAAAUGGAGUUUGAACAGCACUUUUCAAAGUACGGUAUGGUUAUUGGAUCAUUAAUAAAUCGUGGUUUUGGAUUUAUACAGUAUGAAAAUGAAAGUUCUGCACAAGCCGCUAUACAGAACGAGAACGGGCAAAUGUUUAAGGGAAGAAGGAUUGAUGUUAAGCCCGCUAAGAAAGACAGUAGUGGGGGAGGAGGUGGUGAUCAGAAGAAUAAUUUCUCAUCACCCCGCGGUGGUGGUAAUCAAAGCUUCAAUCAGAAAAAUACAAGCUUUAAUAAUUCAAAUUGCGACACUUCGUUUGACGAUAACGAUAACAAAAACUCGGGUAAUUCGGGUCACGAUGGGUUUAAUUCCAAUGAUAACAAUAAUCCUGAUGAUGACAAUGGCAAUGACUACCAACAAUUUAAUUCGAACCAAAAUGAUUCGUUCAACAACGGCAAUAGUGGAGGUAGCGGAGGUGCUAGUAACAAUAAUCAAGGAAAAGAUAAUAAAGAACAGUUUAAUUCAAAUAAUCAGAAUAAAAAUAAUACUAAUAACAAUAAUGCAAAUCGUAUGGACGAAGAUAAUAGCAAUACCUCAUCUGGAUCACAAAAUAAUCGCAGCGGAGGCAACCAAAAUCGACCUGGUAAUAAUAAUAAUAAUAACAAUAAUAAUAAUAAUAACAAUAAUAAUCGUAAUCAAGGACAAGCUAAUCCUCGACAACGUGGAACUCGCGGUGGAAAGAAUAGAAACAAGAACCGUGCUGGAGGCGGGGACAAUUCAGGAAAUUUCCGAGAUCGUAGUCCGCUGAAUCGUGGGCCAAUGAACCGUGGUCCUGGAGGUCCAGGAAACGACGAUAAAAAUAACCGGGGUGAUUGGGGUGACCACAAUAUGAUGCGUAAUAAUUUUAACCGAGACAAUUUCAACGACAACAACCGUUUCGAUGAUCGAUUUAAAGACCCAAUGGGUAUGGGAGGAGGCCCAGGUCUUGGUAUGGGUCUAGGAGGUCCUGGUAUGGGACUCGGUAAUCCCGGUUUAGGUGGGCUUGGUGGUCCUGGUCCGGGGCUUGGGGGUCCAGGACCUGGUGGGCCUGGUAACUUUGGUAGAAUGGGUGGGCCAAGUGAUUUUCCUAUGCCUCAAGCUGCUCCAGCUAUGGAAAAAAAUGACUGCGAAAUUAUUGUCGUUCAUAAAAAUUUGACUGAGUACGCUGAAGCUAUUGAAGCGCGUCUAAAAAAGAUGGGACUUACUGUCGAUCUUCUAUUUCCUAAUGAAGAAGUGCCACUGAGUCGUGUGCUGGGUAACAUUGCCAAUCGUGGGUGUCUUUAUGCCGUCGUUAUCAUGCCAAUUAACAUGGAACAUCAUUCACUGACUCUGAAUAUUCUUCAUGGAUUACCUCAAGAGCACAGAAACAUGCCAACAGAAGACGCAUUGGCAUUAAUUAGUCGUGACUUUAGUAAUUACAAAUCCGGUGGUCGCGGAGUGCCAUUUAAUACGCCGUUUGCAAGUGACAGACACCCAGACGCGAUUCAAGUACUCCUGAAUAUGUUGGCAGACAAUCACCAGCUGACUGUAUUACAGUACGAGCGUGUAAUAAAAUACCUUGAAGUAAAGCGCGAAGAACAAGUACAAGUUGAGUUGGGAGACGCUAAAGAUUUGGCUGGAAAUUCUUUGGCUGCUAAAGACCCAAAGCAAGCUGAAUUGCAGUCCAGAAUUUUAAAUAUAUUAAACAGUAAUAAAACAAAUGCUCCGGUACCAAGUCCUGUACCUGCACCGGCGCCAGUACCAGCGCCACUUUUGCCAGUAUCAACAACAGUGACGUCAUCCUCAACUUCAACUACUGGAACAGCAGCAGUAACUCCAUCGCCGCUGCUGAAUGAUCCUACAGUACAAAAAGCCCUCGACAGUCUUCUUCAAGGAAACUUAUUGAAAAGUAUCGGGGAUUCGCAGCCUGCUUCCAGUGUCAGUUCAUCUGCUCCUCAGCCACUCUUCGCAGCAUUCUCAAAUAUAAAUCGUUUCUAAUCAUAUGAUUAUUAUUAUUAUCAUCAACUACUAUUUAAGUUCAAAUAAUUAUUGUAACAUUUUUUUAAAUUUUCAUUCAGAAAUCUUUAUUUAAAAAUUUUUCUGCUUAUUAUAAUUGUAUACUUAUAUACACAUUUCCCGUGAUUAAAUUUGAAGCAUGUGUGUACAUUCCUACACAUAAUCAAACUUUUCAUUAAACAAUGCCAUAUAGUAUUGCGAUAUGUGAAUUCAAUAUAAUCUUUUAAAUUUUUAAUUAAGAGGAUACUUUUAUUAAAUUAAAAAAAAAGUAUGUUAAAAAUUUUUCCACAAUUUAACACGAAUAAAUGCUUAGAUUUCUUCAAUUUAUGGAAUUUUUCUUCAAAAAAACAAAUUUUUUAAAGAUUCCUCUUAAUUAAUUAAGACACUUAUAAAUGGAUUUGUCACAGUAAUAAAUAAUAAAUAAAUAAAAAUUGUAUUACUUAUUUAAAAAAAAAACUAAUUUGUAUUAUAAUUCCACGUUGGCUAAGGAUCUAAAAAAGAAAAACAAAUUAAAUUAUAAAUAUAA